UCCGCGCCCAGCCGGCGGGAGUCGAGGGACGCUGUCCGUCUGUACGCGCUGCACGGCCCCGACAUGUUCCAGCUCCUGCGGGGCUUCCUUCUGCCGGCGGCCGCCUGCGACGGGAACAGGGAUGGCGAGUCCCGGUACGCCAACCUCUUCCGAAAACUGGACCUCAACGAAGACGGGAGGGUGGACAUUGCCGAGCUCCAGACGGGCCUCCGGGCCAUGGGCAUCCCUCUGGGGAAGGAGGCGGAGGAGAAAAUUUUUAAAGCUGGGGAUACUAACCAGGAUGGACAGCUGGAUUUUGAAGAAUUUAUGCAGUAUCUUAAAGAACAUGAGAAAAAGAUGAAACUGGCAUUUAAGAGCCUGGACAAAAACAAUGAUGGAAAAAUUGAAGCCUCAGAAGUUGUCCAGUCCCUCAAGAUAUUGGGUAUAAACAUUUCAGAAAAACAGGCAGAAAAGAUCCUGCAAAGUAUUGAUGCUGAUGGGACAAUGACAGUAGACUGGAAUGAGUGGAGAGAUCAUUUUAUGUUUAAUCCAGCUACAGACAUUGAAGAAAUAAUUAGAUAUUGGAAACAUUCCACUGUAUUGGAUAUAGGAGAUAGUUUGACUGUUCCAGAUGAGUUCACGGAGGAAGAGAAAAAGACUGGGCAGUGGUGGAAGCAGCUGUUGGCAGGAGGAGUGGCUGGUGCUGUCUCUCGAACAGGUACAGCACCCUUAGAUCGCCUUAAAGUCAUGAUGCAGGUUCAUGGUUCCAAGUCAAACAAAAUGAAUAUAGCCAGCGGUUUUAAGCAAAUGUUGAAAGAAGGUGGUGUCCGAUCCCUUUGGAGAGGCAAUGGUGUAAAUGUUGUAAAAAUAGCUCCUGAAACAGCUAUUAAGUUCUGGGCUUAUGAACAGUAUAAGAAGAUACUCACUAGGGAUGAUGGAAAGUUAGGCACUGUUGAAAGAUUUGUAUCUGGUUCUUUGGCUGGAGCAACAGCACAAACUUCUAUUUACCCCAUGGAGGUUUUAAAGACCAGGUUGGCUGUGGGUAAAACAGGGCAAUAUUCUGGGAUGUUUGACUGUGCUAAGAAGAUUUUAAAAAGAGAAGGUCCAAAGGCCUUCUACAAAGGCUAUAUUCCUAAUAUUCUGGGUAUAAUUCCUUAUGCUGGCAUUGACCUUGCUGUUUAUGAGCUCUUAAAGAGUACGUGGCUAGAACACUACGCAUCGAGCUCUGCAAACCCAGGUGUUUUUGUACUGCUGGGGUGUGGCACCAUUUCCAGCACGUGUGGGCAGUUAGCCAGCUACCCCCUUGCUCUUGUCAGAACACGCAUGCAGGCUCAAGCCUCAGUGGAAGGAGCUCCACAGCUAAGCAUGGUUGGUCUCUUUCAAAGAAUUGUUGCUACAGAGGGACUCCGAGGACUUUAUAGGGGUAUAGCCCCUAAUUUUAUGAAAGUGCUUCCAGCUGUCAGCAUCAGCUAUGUUGUAUAUGAAAAAAUGAAGCAGAAUUUGGGAAUAGCUUGAAAUGAAGGAAAAAGACUUGUUCCAUUUUGUUUAUAGUGUGCAAGUGCCAUUCUGAGUAUUGAAAUCAUCGUGACCUUUUCAAAUGUUGGAAAGAUGAGCUGUUUCAGAUUUGAUUUUUCAUUAUGUGCCUUGAUGAUGACUAUGUUCAAUUGUGUAUUCUUUGUCUCUUAAAUGUAUGUUUACCUUUCUAGCUCCAAAAAACUACCAGUUUCUAAUAAAUCUUUGUUUCCUUA